UCGACCAUUGAAGCUGUUGUUACAACUGAAAACAAACUACACUAGAAAACAAGGUUGUGGAAACAUGGUUAUAAGUUUCCAAUCCGGAAGCAGCAUAUCGUAGGAUUUGGUCUGUAUCUGCUGAGAAUCCAAGAGGGGAAAGAAAAAAAGAUGGAAAUGGCUACUGGGAAUUGUCAUGCAAAUACUGGAAGGCGUGGCUUGUGCUUGAUAGAAGGUGAAGCUAUGGAGACUAAGUGCAUUAAGAGACGGCGAAGAGACUCUUCUUUAGCUUUAUUGAGCUCUAAUGAUCAGCAGCAGCAGCAGCCUCAUGGUGAUCAAAAUACUACUGCCACUGCUGCUGGUGCUACUGCUACUACCGUAAAGAGAAGUUCAAGAUUUCGAGGAGUCAGCAGACAUCGAUGGACUGGACGAUAUGAAGCCCAUUUGUGGGAUAAAGGAUCUUGGAAUCCAACACAGAGGAAGAAGGGAAAACAAGUUUAUCUUGGAGCUUACGAUGAAGAAGAAUCUGCAGCUAGAGCAUAUGAUUUGGCUGCUCUUAAAUACUGGGGAGCAUCGACUUUCACAAAUUUUCCGGUAGCUGACUAUGAGAAAGAAAUUGACAUGAUGAAAAAUGUAACAAAAGAGGAGUAUCUUGCCACUCUAAGAAGGAGAAGCAGUGGGUUCUCUAGAGGAGUAUCCAAAUAUAGAGGAGUUGCAAGGCACCAUCACAAUGGAAGAUGGGAAGCAAGGAUAGGGAGAGUGUUUGGUAACAAGUAUCUCUACCUUGGCACUUACAGUACCCAAGAAGAAGCUGCUCAUGCCUAUGAUAUUGCAGCUAUUGAGUACAGAGGAAUCAAUGCUGUGACCAAUUUUGAUUUGAGUACAUAUAUUAGAUGGCUGAGACCUGGAUCAGGCCCUUCUACUACCGAACAUUCAAAAUCAACACUAGAACCUUUUCCAAUGCCAACUUUGUCCAAUCAAAUCAAUCCAGCAGAGAAACUAAUCCAACUAUACCACUCUAAUAACAAUCCCUAUAUGGUAGAGGAUUUAAACACCCCUCUAAAGCAAGAAACUUUUGGACCAAUUAGUCCUUGCACCAAGUCAUCAUCUCCAACUGCACUUGGCCUCCUGCUUAAAUCUUCCAUGUUUAAGGAACUAGUGGAGAAGAACUUAAAUCCUAGUGAUGAUGAACACGAGGCGAAAUUGGUUUCAGAAAUGGGCAAAAAUAAUGAAGCUGGACAGAUAUUCUACAGUGGAAUGAAUCAGAGUCCUUAUACAUACCCCGCCAAUGGGGAUGCUUUGUCUGGUUUAGGGAUAGAAUCCAAGGAUGAUAACAUAUUGCCAUUGUACAAUAGAAGAGGGCAAUUCCUGUAGAAAUGGUGACUUUUAACUAGUGAUUUGAACUGUUUUGCUUAUUAUGUUUUAGAAUUGACAUGCAGAGGCUUCAUAUGUAAACUAAUUAUUUCCUUUUGUUCCAUAAAUUGCACCUCUGUGAGAAAUAAAUAAAGUUAUUAGAGUAC